AUGACAGCUCCACCCCCGUUAGACUUGUCGCACCACCUGUCCUAUGCGACGAAGAACAAGAAACCCAGCAGUGUGAAGGGGUUUUAUAAAUAUUUUCAGAUUCCUGGAAUCACUAAUUUUGCUGGAGGAUUGCCAAAUGCAUCCUAUUUCCCCUAUGAUACCCUCGAAGCCAAAGUCGCCCUACCGCAGCGACUGGAUACCAAGGAAAAUUCCUCUGUUCGAGUCACGGUUCCCAAGGAAAGUAAGACGAAGGACGUUCAACGGAAGAUUGACUUGACGACCGCGCUCCAAUAUGGCACUGCUGCGGGAUACCCUCCCCUAAACACAUUCCUGCGCUCAUUCGCACGAGACCACCUUCACCCAAAUGUGCCCUAUGCAGGUGGCCCGGAAGUCAUAUUGACAUGUGGGUCGACCGAUGGCUUUUCGAAGGCCGUUGAAGCCUUUACGAAUAUAUGGAACCCUGACCGAGAUUGGAUCCAACAGCGGGAAGGUGUGUUGUGUGAAGAGUUUGCGUACAUGAACGCGAUUCAAACGGUGCAGCCUCGGGGGCUGAAUGUGGCCAGCGUUGCGAUGGACGGGCAGGGUAUGUUGGCUAGCGGCGAAGGGGGGUUGCAGCAUGUACUGGAGAAUUGGGACUUCCGCUUGGGACGAAGGCCUCAUUUGAUGUAUACUGUUCCAACUGGCCAAAACCCCACCGGUGGAACCCUUUCAAUCGAGCGCCGAAAGGAGAUCUACGCUCUCUGUCAAAAGUACGAUGUGAUCAUCGUCGAGGAUGAGCCGUACUGGAAUCUGCAGUUCCCCUCUGCCUAUCAGAAUACAGUCCAUCACCGUGGCUCAUGCCCCGAGCCCAAUCUUUACACCCAGAACUAUAAUGCAGAGGGCAAGUCCUCGGGCUAUGCCUACUUAGACUCGCUCGUUCCAUCAUAUCUCUCUAUCGAUAUCGAGGGCCGAGUAGUGCGACUGGAUACCUUCUCUAAGACCAUCGCACCCGGGAGUCGUCUCGGCUGGGUGACUGCGCAGCCAGCGAUCAUCGAACGUCUGACUCGGAUCACCGAGGUGACAAGUCAACAGCCGUCCGGUUUUGUCCAGGCAUUGGUAGCCCAGUUGAUUUUUGGCAAAGACGACGAUUCAGCCAAAUCGUCCAAACAGAUCGCUUCGGGUUGGCACAUGGACGGAUGGGUGCGAUGGCUGGAGGGCCUCCGCGCCCGCUAUGAAGCGCGCAUGCAUGACAUGUGCACAAUUCUGGAACAGAACAAGUAUCUUUUCCAUGGAUCAACUGGGGCUGAAGUUGAUGCCUGGGAGGUGGUGGAUCGAGUGCAAAUGUAUGACUUUGUCUGGCCGAUGGGUGGUAUGUUCACGUGGAUAGAUGUCCACUUCGAUACACACCCCUUGCGUUCACAGUUCUCCCCUGAGAAACUCUCCAAGGCCCUUUGGAUCCAUUUGACCCAGCGUCCCCAUUUGUGUCUCGUGAGCCCAGGCGGUAUGUUCGCCCCGACACCGAGAUCUGCUGAGAAAGCCCACAGGUACAUCCGUGUGGCAUUCGCCCCAAUGGAAUCUGACGAGGUGGCGCCUUUUACCCAGAGAUUAGUUGAAGGGUUCCGCUCGUUCUGGCAGCGGAAGAAUUUGGAUGGGCUGAGUGGCGAGGAGGCACAGGGGUUUGAUUUGCAACCAGAAGUCAACCUCCUAGGGAACGGCUGCUGA